AUGUAUGCAACUUAUGAAAAAGUUGAAAUACAAUCCGAAAAUAAAUUCUCUCAACUUGUGCAUGGACAAAACAUUGUAAUUAUACCGGAAUUCACCCUUCAGUCCGGUCAUACCUUACAUAAAGUACCUGUAGCAUAUAAAACAUGGGGAACCGUUAAUGAAAAUAGGGAUAAUGUUAUGAUAAUCUGCCAUGCACUUAGCGGAAGUGCUGACGUACAAGAUUGGUGGGGUCCACUUAUCGGUAAGGGAAGAGCAUUUGAUCCUACGAAAUUUUUUAUUUUUUGCGGGAAUAUGUUCGCAUCACCCUACGGAACCGCCUCGCCUAUUACCAUCAAUCCCGAAACUGGAAAAUAUUACGGACCCGAAUUCCCUCCGACAACACCAAGAGACGAUGUUAGGCUUCAUAAAAUGAUUCUUGAUUCACUGGGAAUUAAGCAAGUUGCAAUUUGUAUCGGAGGUUCUAUGGGCGGUAUGCAAGUUCUGGAAUGGUCUUUUUAUGGACCAAAUUAUGUCAAAACCAUUGUUCCGAUCGCUACAUCUGCUCGUAAUUCAGCUUGGUGUAUCAGUUGGAAUGAAGCUCAAAGGCAAUCCAUAUAUAGCGAUAAUAAAUAUUGUGAUGGAUAUUACGAUCAUAAUGAUCCCCCUGCUACUGGACUUUCGGCCGCUAGGAUGUCAGCAUUGUUAACUUAUAGAUCACGAGAUUCCUUUGAGUCAAGGUUUGGUCGAAAAUUUCAUGAUCCAAAGAAUCAUCCAACGGCAACACCUUCAUCAAAAAUAAGACCUUCAACACCCGCAGAGGAAGCUUUGCUUAUACAUAAUGAUGGACAUAGAAGUGAAAAUAUAACAAGUAGAGAGAAUUUUCUUUCGAAACCCAAAAAUUGUAACGGUUCAGAAUCUAAUAAUAACGUUGAAAAUCGUGUUGAAACAAUUGACGCAAAAGAAUGGACAGAAAAUAAUGAUAACGAACAUUCCACAAAAUCCGUUCCUAACGUCUUUUCAGCACAAUCUUAUCUUCGUUAUCAGGGUGAAAAAUUUGUUAAAAGAUUUGACGCUAAUUGUUAUAUCAGUCUUACGAGGAAGAUGGAUGCCCAUGAUGUGGCAAAAGAUCGCGGUGACUUGGAAAAGGUCUUAAUCAGCAUUAAGCAGCCUGCCUUAAUUAUUGGAAUCGAAUCAGAUGGGUUAUUUACAAUUUCAGAACAAUAUGAAUUAGCGGAAUUUAUUCCAAAUUCAGAAAUGGUUACAAUUCAGUCGCCAGAUGGACAUGAUGGAUUUUUAUUAGAAUUUGAUCAAAUUAAUAGACAUAUACUUCGAUUUAUUCGUAAGUUUCUUCCUGAUAUUGCAGAAAAUGAAUUAUGUGACAUUAAAGAUGUUGUAGGGUUAGAUGAUGAUCAAAAAGAUGUUUAUGGGGCAGAAAUUAAAGCUACCAAAAACAGUUUAUUUGGUGAAGCUGAAGUGAUAAAGUGGUGA